CUCUCUCCCAAUUGCUUCCUCCCCGAUGAAUUCGUACAUUUUCGUCCGCAGUAUCGGCUCGGGCAGCCACGGCAAGGUGUUCCUAGUAAAGCAUCAUGCCACGGAGAAGCUCUACGUCCUGAAGACCAUCGCCCUUGUUGACCACUGCACCUCCCUCGAGGACGUUCAGCAGGAGGCCCGUGUGCUGGAAACGCUGAAACAUCCGUUCAUUGUUCAGUUCAGAGAGUCCUUCAUAUCUUCCUCCAACGGCAAAGGAGAGCCUGACUGCGACACCGAGUCCAACACAGGAUCUGACUUCUCAAAUGUUGCUCCAUCUGCAAAGAAGAAGCUGUGCAUCGUGAUGGAACACUGUAGUGGCGGUGAGCUGCUGGCCGAGUCAUGAUCAGCAACGCCCUGGAUGCAUUUCUUACUUCCGUUUCUGCAGGUGAUCUGUCGAGUGCCCUGAGGAAGCAUGGCUGCAAUGGGAAGAGUUGGGGGGCGGGCAAGGGGGCUGAGUAUCCCAGGGAAUCUGCAGUCAUCGAGUGGUUCAUCCAGGUGGUGUUGGCCCUUCAUUUCCUUCACGAGAGACGGAUACUCCACAGAGACCUCAAGACACAGGUAAACCAGCGCUGCACGCAACGAUAGCGGGGACUUCCUGUGUCUUCCCUGCAGAAUAUUUUUCUGGCGUCUGUCCGAAACAAGGACUCAUGGACGCUGAAGCUUGGCGACUUUGGUAACCGACGCCUCCCUCACUCCCUCACUCCCUCACUCCCUCACUUUGCACGUGCAGGAAUCGUCAAGGUGCUCGAGAACACGGAGGCCAUGGCAAACACUCAGGUCUCUGAAUUUGGAGGGGAGGGAAGUGUACAGAGGGAGACAUGGAUGUCCGUCUCGUGUCAUUGUGCAGAUCGGGACACCCUAUUGUAGGCUGCACCACUGGGCUUCCAAGCAGAGCCAUAUGUCACGUCACAUCUGUCAUCUGUCAUGUAGACAUGAGCCCCGAGUUGAUAUCAAGCCUCCCGUACACGUACCAGAGUGAUGUUUGGGCGCUUGGGUAAGCUCUGACAAUGCUUUGGAGGCCAAUCGGGGGAGAUUCUUUAUUGUGUGGAUUCUGCGCGCAGGUGUAUUUUGCACGAGAUGCUGAGCUGCAAGCACGCAUUUCAGGCAGACAACUUCCCACUCUUGGCUAUCCGGAUCAAGGGCAGCUUCCAGCCCCUGCCAAGCACAUGCAGCUAUGAAAUGAAGUGAGGGACUCACCAGCACGCAGAGACAGAACUUGUUGUGAUGUGCCUUUUGCUCGUGGUGUGUGUGUGAAAAACUGGCAGGUCUCUUGUAGCACGUAUGCUGUCCGUCGAGGCUGGCGACAGGCCUUCUCUUCGCGACAUUCUGCACCUGCCAUUCAUCAAACGACGCAUCGGCGGUGUGCUCAAAGUGCGGGAGGGAGAAGGCAUGUCAGCAUUUCAUUUCCUCAUCCCUUCACAAGUGCAUUGUCUUUCUUCAUCAGUCGACUCUUUGUAGCAGCCGUGACGUAGACGUUUCCCUUUGCGAAGUAGUCAUCGACCAGCUGCAUAGUCUCGGGUUGAAGAGCUGCACCAAGGAGCUGCGCGCAAUGCUGACCCAGAUGGAUGCCGACAGGCAAGAACAGGUCAGCUGACUCGGCCCUCACAGGCACCGUCUUUGUCCCAUUGUUUCCGCUUUUGUGCAGCUCGGUGGCAGAGCACUAAGGAAGAUGCAAAACGAGUUGCUGAAGAUGGAGAGGGAAGCCUCGGCAAUGAAAAAGCGAUACGGCGUGCGCGGCUCCCUCUACCUCCGACGCCUCGACGGCUCCUUCGCGGAUGAGAACGAUGCAAGUCCGGUGACCUACAUGAUGUCCGAUGGCGAGGAGUACACGCAGCAGGCACCGCGCAGCCGGCGGCUGUCGGCAAGAAGGCAAGAAUCGCUGCCUCCGAACAGCAAGUCGAUGCGCGAGCAGCUGCUCGAAAGGAAGAGAAGACGGAAGGUGAGACCUGCCAUACUCGGAUGAAUCUGCAACGUGUCUCCAUGUGUGUCGCAGGAAGAGGAAAUCAGGAAAUACGACGAGGAGGCGGAAAAGAUUCGGCAACAGAAUAGGCUCCACACAUGCAAACGUAACAAACCACACAUGAGAAAGGGAGACACCACCACCCCACACAUGCCGAUUUGGUCUUUGUGUGGACAGAACCAGACCCUUACAGGGUGUCUCGUGCCAUGUACAAUGCCCUAUCACAAGGCCAGACACCCAGGGAUUCGCAACCGGAGAUGCUGCCUCAAGGGAAGAGGGCGUCCAAGGCGGGCAUUCGCGUGCCAUUCAUAUCGGAGAAGGACGAAAUGCUGGAGAGGGUCUACGGAGGCGGAAAGAACUCGCCACGAGCCGCUCAUCGGCUGCGAGCACCAGGCAUGAGUGCGCGACUCGUAUCAACAGAGGACACAUAAAUGUGUGCUUGUUGUCUGCCCUGCCUUUGGGGGGGUGUUGCAGUUGGCAGUGCUUCCGCUGACUCAUUGCUGCCCGACAUCGUCCCUACGGCACCUGCACGGAGGAGAGGCGGACCGUCGGCCGCGAGGAAACGCGGAAGCAAAGGCAGCAAAGAGGGAGACGAUGACAUCGCAUGGAAGUCCCUCUCUGACGGCGAGAACACGCUGCCAGACAUUGUCUUCGGCGACAGGCAGAUCUCUCCCGCAAGAAAGAAGAGUCGGAGGGACUCUGCCAAGACAUACCAGGACAGAAGAGACUCAUCCAGGUGGGCACUGAUGCAUGCCAAACUGGUCAGCUGAUUCCCUGCCUAUGUGUGUGCAGGGAGAAGGGUGAGCGGACGAGAAUGCCGCGGGAUAUUAAGAGCGGUGGGCGGCGAAAGGACGACUACUUUACCACUUCCAGCACUCGAUACACGCCGUCGCCAUCGAUGGAGGAGGGCACGCAAGAGGUCCAGAUCAUAUCUCCACGCCACAACAUCCAUUCGAGAGCCUGGAGCCGCCUGUCAAACGCACACCACGCGCAGCGUCAGAGAAGAGGAAGGUGGACCCAGACAGACAGACAGACAGACAGACAGCCGUGAUAAGGGGACAGCCGAUGUUUCGUGUGUCUGUGAUGUGAUUUGUGCAGAAUAGAGUGAAUGCGAUGGAGUGAAUCAAUGGGACGCUGUGUGUGUCGAUAGACACACACGCGCUGCUGUCGAUCUCCUGUCUGCCUGUUGCUUCAUUCAUCGUCCACGCCUUGGUUCAAGCACAUUUAUAGAGAAUAGACAUUUAUGUGCACAGAUCGAUGCAUCGACUGAUCAUGACUGACCUGUACACACAUGCAUGUGUAUACAUACACCGAUCCGACAAGCAAGCAGGCAGCAACUGAGUGAUUCAUCAAUGACUGAUCGAUCGAUCAUGUGGCCUCCACGUGUUGCGCUGAGUGUGCUGUUGGUCUCUCUGCACCUUGCC